AUGUCUUCGCCAACGUCCAUCCUCUCCCAGACCCUCCAGUCCAUCACCCUCACCAAGAUCCGGGAACUGGAGAAGCAGCGCAACACAUACGAGACGCGCAAAAACCAAAUCCUUGCUGACGCAGAUCGCUGCGACAGCCAGCGCGAUCGGUUGGCGCUGCUCCUGUCUGGCGUCAACGAGCUACUGUACUCCUCCUCUUCAUCCAAGGACCCCACCAUCUCGAACAUUGAGCGUUGGCUGGACCAAUCUCGCUAUGAUACAUCCAUCCCCAAGCAUCUUCUUCAGUCCUUUGAGGAGCAGUUGCGCGCCAAACUGGCGAUCCAGAGCAGAAAGCUCACCUUGGCCGAUCUGUACUCUCGUCUGCUGACCGAGUGGAUGAACCCGCCUGCCCUAUCUGUUUCCAGUCAAUCAGAGGAAGACUCGUUUGAGCUUGUGGAGCGCCAGAAGCAACGACUCCAGGAGCUGUGCGACCAGUUUGAGGCCGUCGUCUUCGAGCCGCUCGAGACAGACGAGGCUGAGAUCCACGAGUUCAUGCGCUCGCUUUUCCCUGAUGCGGAGAGUAUCAAGGCUCUCGAGAAUCUUCGAAAGAAGAUAAACGAUGAGAGCACUUCCAUCCUGACGGAGGAAGCGCCGUUCACGGAGGACUCCCUUACAAAGUGCAUCAAGGGACUGCUGACCGAGAAUAUCCUCAGCGACGAGAAGCAGGCCAUCCUGCGCGACUUCCUGCAGAAUAAGGUCGCGCUGGCAGAGAUUGCUGAUGUCCUCAAUAUGCGAUAUGCCGACAUCAAAAAUUGGGACUGGCAUGCUGGCGACAAAGGCAUCCCCGUCAUACCUCGGCAGCAGCUGAACGGGAAAUACCGCAUCUGGAUGGACGAAGAUGUGCUCCAGACCAUCUUUGUGCAGUACAUCGGUAUCCGCCUGUGCAUGCUACUCAAGGCGGUUCUGAGGGGAUUUAUCAACGAUGAGUCGGUCUGGAAUUGGGCCAGCGGGGCUCGAAUGACACAGGGCGACAUUGAUAGACGCAGGUAUUACCUCGCGACUAGCUGGAAAUCGAGCGCAAAUGUCGAAGCCGAGCGGAAGGAAAGCUACAUCUCUACAUUCUUCCUCUCUCAGCUGCCCACCACAGAGAGUUCGCUGUAUGAAUCGGGUGGCGGAUACGACAAUGACGACGGCGACGACGACGACGACGACGACGACGACGACGAUGAUAAUGGUAAUCCCAAAAGCAAUGGGUCGACAAGUAUCAAACAGAAACUUCUGCGCAAGCUCGCCACUGAGGUUCUCCUCCAUCGUCAUCUCCGCGGCGAAGUGGCGGUCGUGCAGUCAGACUUGAAGUGGUACGCGACCGGUCUUCCUCACAGCACCAUUUUCGCCGUGAUGCGCUUCGUGGGUUUCCCGGAGGAGUGGAUCCAGUUCUUCAAGAAGUACCUUGAAUCUCCGUUGAACAUGGACCGUUCUUCGGACGACAGAGUGCCCGUCGGACCCCGGAUUCGCAAGCGGGGAGUUCCUAUGGCUCACUCUUCCGAGAAGUUUCUCGGUGAACUGGUCCUCUUUGUUCUGGAUCUCGCUGUCAACAGAGAAACCGGCAUGCUCUUGUACCGUCUACACGACGACCUCUGGCUCUGUGGCGAGCCGAAGAAAUGUGCGCGAGCGUGGGAGGUGAUGCACCGAUUUGCGCGGGUCAUGGGACUAGAAUACAACCAGAGCAAGACGGGAUCUGUCUACCUGACAAAAGACAAGAGGGACUCGAAGGUCGUCUCAGUUCUGCCCAAAGGCCCUGUGACGAUUGGGUUUCUGACGCUGGACGCCGAGUCCGGCGAAUGGACCAUCGACCACGCCCAAGUGGACGCGCAUGUGCAGCAGCUGCAAAAGCAGCUGAAUGCGUGCGACAGCGUGCUCUCGUGGGUGCGGACGUGGAACAGCUGCAUCGGCCGGUUCUUCAGCCACACGUUCGGCGAGCCGGCCUUCUGCUUCGGGCGUCGCCAUGUGGACGCCAUUCUCGAGACAUACGAGCGGAUGCAGCGCACCCUCUUUGGCGGCUACGGUACCACCGUCACUGAGCACCUGCGACGCAUGAUCCGCUCGCGCUUCGACGGCGUCUCCGACGACGACAUCCCGGACGCCUUCUUCUUCCUACCCGAGGAACUGGGCGGCCUGGGCCUGCGCAACCCGUUCGUGCCGCUGUUCCUCGUGCGCAACAAUCUUGACAAGGAGAAAAGCCCCGAAGAGCGACUGGCAGACUUCCUCGCGCGCGAACGCGAAGCAUACCAGACGAAGAAGAAGCAGUUCGACGAGCUCUCCGAGUCAGCCCGUCGGCGGCGCUUCAUGGCCUUCUUCCCGAACGAAGACAUCCACAAGGCCAGAGACGUCGACCCGGACACCUUCAUGUCCCUUGAUGAAUUCUCCCGCUUCCGCGAAUCCGUCAGCCAGGAUCUGCACAGCCUCUACCUGUCGCUGAUGAGCAUGCCGCCGACAGAGGACAUUCAUCUGACGCGGGAGGUGCGGCACGCGCUGGACCAGCUCAAGUCGACGACGGGGCAGAUCGCCACCGCGAAGAAGAUGAUGGCUAGCGCGACCAAGUGGAUUUUGCAGAUGUACGCGGGGGAGAUGUUCGAGCGCUGCGGCGGGCUGAGUCUCGUCGAGAAGAGGUACUUGCCCACGGGGGUGUUGGCCAUGAUGCGCGGGAAGAAGGUUACGUGGCAGAUGGUUCUUAUGGAUAUAUCUGCAUGUACUAUUUAUUUUACUUUUGGCCAUUUCACAGAGAAAUUGGACUGGUCCUCGCAGCCUAUCGGGGAACACUUAGCCAAAAAUCAAGAAGACACCUUUUCACAACCUGUGGGCCGGCCUAAGAGAUUGAGCGACAAGAUAGCUUUUGCGGUGUCAUCUGCGUCUGGAAGAAUUCCAGAGGCUGCAGCGGAUCAGCAUACACUGUCUGAAGAUUCCACUCGGAGGAAGCAACGCACCAAACCAGCGAUUCCUGAAUUGUUCUCUAGGUGGGUCUCCAGGAAGUCUGCAAUUUUGGAGUGGUCAGGAAUAUAA